AUGUCCAAAACUUGCCAAAAUUGUGGUGGUGAAGAGCUGGAAGUUGCAGACAUAAGGUCUCAUUGCCAUAGUGAUGAUAUUUUUGCGUCUAACGUAAAUACUAAACGUGGAACCUGCAGAAGAGCAUCCAACUACACGUUUCCUGAAAGUGAGCUGAAUGGCAUCCUGUUGGCUGAGCUUCGGGAGUUCAAAGUGGAAGUGUUAAAACGUUUAGAUGUGCAAACGAAAGUGAUUAAAGAUCUAAAGGAAUUAUGUGAAACAACAAAAACCCAAGUAUUGGAAUUGCAUUCCAAAUAUAUGAGGGUAGUUCGUGGGAAAAAAUUGCAAGAAAACAAAUCUACUGCGCCUACCCAUACAGAGAGUAGCAAUUUAUGCAAUAGAAGUAUCGAAGCAAGCAGAAUUACAGACCAUAAUAUACAAGUUUUGCCCACUUAUGUGGAAAAAGCUAGUGGGUCGAUUUCGAAAAAUAUAAACAAAGUGUCCGCGGCAAGAAAGGUAUGUGUGGCCGCGAAACCGACGACGUCGAGCGCUAGGGUCGAAGUAACUCGAUCAUCGCACCAAGGUGCUAAAGAAUUUCCUCUAAAGUCUGCCAGUGUUAAAAACCAAAAAUAUCGUACUCCGAAGUGUGGCCAAUGA